UUCCUCCCUCGCGGCUAAAUUUGAAAAACCUGUUUCAUUAAUUUACUGUCGGUUCACCCAUCAUGUUCUUUGCCCAGGAAGCGGUCCAGCUCGAGCACCCGGCUCAUGGCCCCGGGUUCACGGCCAAUGAGAUUCAAGAACUCUUAUCUCUCCUCCAAUCCCCCUCUCCUACCGAGAACUCCGGUUCAAGGGGAUCGAACCAGGCGGUUUACUCAAUCGAUGAGAGGAAGCGCAGGCGCAUGGUAUCGAACCGAGAGUCAGCCAGAAGGUCCCGUUGGAGAAAGAAGAAGCAUUUAGAGGACCUCACACAACAGUUAAACCGGUUGAAAAUCCAAAACCGGGAGCUCCAGAACCGGUUAGGUUCCAUUAUAAACCAGUCUCACGUAUUAUGGAGAGAGAAUGGCCGCUUAAUGUCUGAAUCUGUGGCUCUCGAGGCCAGACUUUCGGAUUUACGCCUCGUUUUAGCUGCAAUGAACGCCAUGCAACAAGCACAAUAAUCUGGUCUUUAUUAAAGCUUAAACCUUAACCAAGAUAAUUAGGCCUAAUAAAGCUCUAAUAAACUCGUGAAAAUAUUAGAGCCCUGUUCCCUCGUCCCUCCCUCUCCAAGUGCAGGUGGGUGUUAACUAGCUUAAUGUGGCUGUUCUUGAGAUUUUGUUGGAGACAAAGCACACGUUGUAUACCAUGUGAAGAUCUGAGGCCCGCCUUUUGGUCUUGUCCAGGACUUCCUUUUUAGCAGGAUAGCCUUUUUCUUUUCGUCUCCCUCCCUUUCUUUAAGCUUUUUUAGCUAUGUGUUUGGCUCGUGAUGUUAGGUCCAGUAGACCGUGCUCCAGCUUCAUGAAAUGGUAGCAUUACUAUCAUAUUCAACUAGGGCAUGACUUGUGUAAAUAGAUCUCUUUUGGAAACCACUCAUAUGGAUUGAGAUGUUUUAUCUGAAAUCUUUAAUGUAUAAUUACUGUACG